ACUUGCUUUUUCAUGGUCCUCUGCCUGUCCCAAUUUCAAUGGCAACGACAAGAAAUACUCAAAAACUGAAGAGUGUGACCGUUUAUCAGUAUCUCCACAUUAAUCAAAUUAUAAGACUCAUUAAUCCCAUGCUCCUGAUAUGAACCCACAUGUGUAUAUGCUGUAAAAUAUCCUCUUCUACCAAAAAUUUCUCACUUUUAUCUUCCUUUUGUCAGCCUUUUCACAGUAAAACUCACCGGUUUUCAGAAUAUAAUGCUGAUGCCUCAUUGUGGAGAGAGAAAGGAGGACGCUAUGAGUGAACGUUUCUGAGUUUGUUAGAGAGAGAAAAUGGGGUGACUAGAACGAUGUGCAGCUGGGAGUUUAGCAUCGCAGCUGCUAAUCACUACCCAUUACUGGGUUCCGUUCUUUGGGUAGGUUUUUGAUCCGCAGUGGCCAAAGAGUUUGAUGAUCUUACUUUUCAUUUCCCUUCAAUUUACAAUUUUAAAUUGACUGAAGCGAGUGAGUUCCUUUGGCUGGAGAAAUAGUGGUCUGUUGUUCAAUUGAGCAGGCGUGCAAGAAGUGAAACAAAGAUCUUGCAGGCUCUACAAGAGUUUUAAGUGAGCAGCUGGAAGCAGUUAAGUACCAGUAUAAGUCUGGCCUGGAUCCAAUACUUGGGUUUCUAUUACUGGUGCAAGGACCCGACCUUUGCAAAGUCCAUACCAGUAGCUUUGUUGCUAGCUGGAAUCAUGGCAACCUUGUCACAUUCUGAAUCCAGGCGAUUGUAUUCCUGGUGGUGGGAUAGCCACAAUAGCCCCAAGAAUUCGAAAUGGCUUCAGGAAAAUCUCACAGAUAUGGAUGCCAAAGUAAAAGCAAUGAUCAAGCUUAUUGAAGAGGAUGCAGAUUCAUUUGCAAGGAGAGCAGAAAUGUACUAUAAAAAACGUCCAGAGCUGAUGAAGUUGGUUGAGGAGUUCUACCGUGCUUAUCGUGCACUAGCAGAGAGGUAUGAUCAUGCAACCGUGGAGCUUCGGCAAGCCCAUCGAACCAUGGCAGAAGCAUUUCCAAACCAAGUACCUUUUGUGCUGGCUGAUGAUUCCCCAUCAAGCUCUUCAGGUCCUGAAGGUGAGCCUCACACACCAGAAAUGCCACAUCCAAUUCGUGCAUUACUCGACCCAGAUGACUUGCAUAAGGAUGCCCUAGGACUCUCUUCGGCCAACCUACACACAAUGAAAAGCAAUGGAGGAUAUUCAGAAGGAUCAGAUUCUGGAAUUAGCAGAAAGGGAUUAAAACAGCUCAAUGAUAUGUUUGGGUCAGGAGUAAUGAUUUCAAAAGUUUCAGAAGGAAAAAUGAAAAAAAGCCCAAACAUCCAUGAAAUGGUGGAAGAUGAAACUGAAGUUCAGAACUUGAAGAAAACUCUUGCAGAGAUUCAAGCUGAAAAGGAAGCUGUUCUUCUUCAGUAUCAGCAGAGCUUGCAGAAGUUAUCUGGCCUGGAAAAAGAACUUAAGGAAGCUGGAGGACUUGAAGAAAGAGCAAGCAGAGCUGAAAUUGAAGUUAAAAUCCUGAAGGAAACCCUUGUGAAAUUAGAAUCUGAGAGGGAUGUUGGUCUUCUUCAGUACAACAAAUGUUUGGAAAGAAUUUCUAGUAUGGAGAAUAUGAUCUCUCUGACACAGGAGGAUGCAAAGGGACUUACUGAGAGAGCAAUUAAAGCAGAAAUAGAAGCUCAAAAUCUCAAGCAAGAACUUUCUGCGCUGGAAACUGACAAGGAAGUUGGUCUUCUUCAGUACAACCAGUGUCUUGACUUGAUAUCAACUUUGGAGAAUAAAAUCUCUCUUGCAGAGGCAAAGGCAAAAAUCCUUAAUGAGCAAACUGAAAGAGCAGAAUCUGAAGUUAAAGCAUUGAAGGAAGCUCUUGCUAGGUUGAACAAAGAGAAAGAAGCUAUGGAAAUUCGGUAUGAGCAGUGUUUGGAGAGAAUGGCUAAAAUGGAGUCUGAACUUUCUCAUGCCCAAGAUGAUGUCAAAAGACUCAACAGUGAAGUUCUGACUGGGGCUGCAAAAUUGAAAGAUGCAGACGAGCAGUUUUUACUGUUAGAGAGAUCAAAUCAGUCUCUGCACUUGGAGGCAGAUAGUCUGGCAGAGAAGAUAGCAACAAAGGAUCAAGAACUUUUGGAGAAAGAAAAUGAAUUGGAGAAACUUCAAACUUCACUGCAAUAUGAGCACUCACGGUUUGUUCAAAUUGAAACUGCAUUGCAAACUUUGCAGAAGUUGCACUCUCAGUCUCAAGAGGAGCAGGGAGCAUUGGCGCAAGAACUUCAGAGGAAGCUUCAGUUGUUGAAGGACUUGGAGAUAUGCAACAAUGACCUGCAGGAAGAUCUCCAAUGGUUCAAGGAAGAGAACCAGAGUCUUGGUGCAUUGAACAGUUCUUCAAGAACUUCAAUAAUGAAUUUACAAAAUGAAAUUCUAAGCCUGAAGGAAGUGAAAGAAAAACUGGAAAUGGAUCUGACCCAGCAAGUGGCCCAAAGUAAUUUUCUGCAGGAAGAGAUCCAACAUUUGAAGGAGGAGAUUGAGGGUUUGAAUCAGAGAUAUCAAGAUUUAAUAGGACAAUUGUGCUCAUUAGGUCUGGAUCCUCAGUGCCUGAAUUCAGCCAUCAAGGACAUCAAGGACUUGCAAGAUGAGAACUUGAAGCUGAAAGAAGUUUGCAAAAAGGACAGAGAUGAAAAAGAAGAUCUCUAUGGGAAGUUGAGGGACAUGAAUGAGCUUCUGCAGAGGAAUGUUGCUCUGGAGAGAUCCCUAUCAGAACUGAAUGGCAAGUUGCAAGGAUCAAUAGAGAGGGUUAAAGAAUUUCAGGAGUCCUGCCAGUUUCUUCAAGGAGAAAAAUCCAGUCUUGUGGCUGAAAAAGCCAUCCUGCUUUCUCAGCUGCAAACUAUGACAGAGAAUAUGCAAAAGCUCUUGGACAAAGAUGCCAUGCUGGAGAAUUCACUCUCUCAUGCAAAUGUUGAACUUGAAGGUUUAAGGGAAAAGUCAAAAGGUUUGGGAGAAUUCUGUCAGAUGCUCAAAGAUGAGAAAUCCAAUCUUCAAAAUGAAAGAAGCAUCCUCUUGAGUCAGCUUGAAAAUGUUGAACAGAGACUGGGAAACCUAGAAAGGAGGUUUACAAGAUUGGAAGAUAAAUAUACUGAUCUGGAGAAGGAGAAAGAAUUAGCACUUUGUGAAGUAAGAGAAUUGCAGAGUUACCUGGGUGUAGAAAAACAAGAGCGUGCGAGUUAUAUACAGUCUAGUGAAUCCCGAUUGACAGAUCUGGAGAGCCAGGUCCUUCUCCUCAUAGAAGAAAGUAAGUCAAGUAAGAAAGAAUUUGAAGAAGAACUAGACAAGGCUGCAAAUGCUCAGGUUGAGAUCUUCAUCUUGCAGAAGUUUAUUCAAGAUUUGGAAGAGAAGAAUUUGUCUGUGCUGGUUGAAUGCAAGAAACAUAUUGAGGCAUCCAAAUUGUCGAACAAACUAAUAUCAGAGUUGGAGUCUGAGAAUCUUGAGCAGCAAGUGGAAGUAGAAUUCUUAUUGGACGAAAUUGAAAAGCUGAGGAUGGGAAUACAUCAAGUGUUCAGGGCUCUUCAAUUUGAUCCAUUCAAUGAGCAUGAAGAUGGGAUUGAAGAAGAGCAGAUUCCUCUUCUCCAGAUUUUGGAUAACAUCAAGGACCUAAAAGGUACACUUCAGAGAAAUGAGGAUGAGAAGCAACAACUGGCGGUUGAGAACUUAGUUCUCUUAACUUUACUUGGAGAACUAAGAUCAGAGGGUACUGAACUCGAGUCUGAGAAGAAACUCCUUAAGAGGGAGAUUGACAUGAUGUUGGAGCACUGUAAUCUUCUGCAAAAGGAUAAGCAUGAACUGCUGGAGAUGAACAAGCAACAGAGGUUGGAAAUAAGUAAAGGAGAGAAGCAGCAAGAAGUAUUAAAGGCUGAAUUGGAAACUCAACAUUGGAAUCUUGAGAGUUUUCAGGGUUCUUACCGGGCAUUGCAAGAAGAAAACUUCAAGGCACUUGAAGAAAACAGAUCUUUACUUGAGAAAAUUUCAUAUCUGAAAGAGGAAGUGCAUACACUUGAGGAGGAAAACAGUGAAUCUCUCCGGGAAGUACUGGCUCUCAAUAGCAUAUCAUCAGUUUUCAAGAGCUUUGGGAGUGAGAAAGUUGAGGAACUUGGAGCACUUACUGAAGAUAUCAAAUGUCUCCAUGUGCUUAACAAUGACCUCAAGAAGAAGGUCGAGAUGUUGGGGCAGAAGCUGGAAGCAAAAGAAACCGAAAGCCUCCAUCUUAAUGAAACGAUUGAGAAAUUGCACCAGGAGCUUCAAGAAGGGAAAGACUUAACUCAUCAAUUGAACUAUCAAAUAUUAAUUGGGCAGGAUUUUCUCCAACAAAAAGCUGCUGAGCUUUUAGAAGUGGAACGAAAGCUUAAGGCUGCGCAUAACUUGAAUGUGGAAUUGUGCAUAACUGUUGAGGAACUGAAGAGGGAAUGUGAAGAAUCAAAAAUGGCCAGGGAGAAUAUAGAGAAGCAGAUUAUUGAGUUUUCCAAUUGUAGCAUAAUUCAGAAUGUGGAAAUUGAAUGUCUUAAAGAAGCAAAUGAAAAUCUGGAGUCAGAAGCAAGUAUGUUAUGCAAGGAAGUUGCAGAACGAAGAACUAGGGAAGAGAACUUGAGUUUGGAGUUACAAGACAGGAGCAACGAGUUUGAGCUCUUUGAAGCUGAGGCUUCCUCAUUCUAUUUUGAUCUUCAGAUAUCCUCCAUACGUGAGGUUUUUCUUGAAAAUAAGGUUCAUGAACUGACUGAAGUUUGUGAGAAUCUUGAAGGUGAAAAUGCAACCAAGGAUAUCAAAAUUGAAGAGAUGAAAGAAAGAUUUGGCUUCCUGGAAACUGAAAUUGGAGAAAUGAAGGCUCAGUUGUCUGCAUAUGCUCCAGUCAUAGCUUCUCUAAGAGAUAAUAUAGAAUCCCUUGAGCGCAAUGCCCUUCUUUGUACAAGAUUUAUGGCGGCUUGCAAUCAAAGGCAGAUGAAUGUGGAUUCUAUUCAACUUCAGGAAAUCAGCAAACAAGAACUCAUAUGCGAUGAAAGAGUGCCAGAUGGAAUUUCGGAUUUGCUCUACAUACAAAAUAGAAUUAAGGCGGUUGAGAAGGCAGUAGUCAAAGAAAUGGAUAGGCUUGUAAUACAGGGAAGAGAAACUACCGAUGUCAAGCUAGAAUCUUCCAUGAAAGGAGCUCAACAGUUGGAAUUUAGGGUACAGAAGGAAGAGAUGGAGCUUGAAAAUGAACCUAGUAAAGCUGAAAUUUCUGAAGUGAAGAUUGGGAUUUCGAUGAAAGACAUUCCACUUGAUCAGGUUUCAGAUUGUUCAUUGUAUAGGAGAAGCAAGAUGGAGAGUUCUGAGCCUGAUAAUCAAAUGCUCAAGCUAUGGGAAUCUGCUGAGCAAGACCGUAAACCUGAUCCAGUGGCUCGAGUCGCACAAAAGCAGGCAGCUGCACAGUUGGAGACUGUCUAUGCACAUCGUCAGUUCCAAGACGCCAAUGAGAAGAAUAAGAAUCCCACAUUAGAGUUACAGGUUGAGAGGGAAGUGGGAAUUGAUAAGCUAGAGGUGUCCACAAGAAUCAAUAAAGAGCCAAAUCAAGAAGGCAAGAGAAGAAAGAUAGUGGAGCGACUUGCUUCUGAUGCCCAGAAAUUAACGUCUCUUCAAACAACUGUAUCAGAAUUGAAGAAGAAACUGGAGAUGAAAAGGAGAAAGAAAGCUAAUGAUGCUGAAUUGGAGAGAGUGAAAAGACAGUUACAAGAAGUCGAGGAGGCUGUCUCGCAACUGGUAGAUGCUAACGAUCAAUUGACAAAAGACAUUGAAGAAUGUCCCUCAUCUUCAGAAGGAAGCACUUCAAUAGCAUCAGAAGAGAAUGGCAAUGCCCACAGAAAAAGACUGACAGAAAAAGCACGGAAAGCAUCAGAGCAGAUUGGACGGCUACAAUUUGAGAUACAGGGCAUCCAGUACAGUCUAUUGAAACUGGAGGACGCGAAGAAAAACAGAAGUAAACUCAGGUUUCCUGGAAGUAAAACAGGUAUCCUCUUGAGGGACUUCUUCUACAGUGGUAGUAAGAAAAGUAUCAGAAAGAGGAAGAAGGCUCGUUUCUGCGGUUGUGCAAGGCCGUCUUCCUAUGAAGAUUGAGGCGACCGCUCAAGGAGAAGCGAUUGAUUUUGUUAACUAAAAUUUCUUCAAAAUUUCAUGAUGUUUAAGAGAACAUUUCUUGUAAUAGUUUGUUUGAUGUCCCUUUUAGCCUAGCCUAGGAGAACAGUAAGAACUAGCCUUGUCUAGCAGUAAUAAGCUGUUUCUGUCAGCAUGUUUUAAUCGUGUUAAUUCAGUUGAACAGUAUCGAUGUAGCAUCAAUUUCUUGGAUAUCUAUCCGGAAUGCAGGAAUUUUCUUGCUGCCAAA